CCGCGGCCGCCGCUCUUAAAAGGGCGAUGGCAGCCUGGAAGAGGCGGUGGGGACAGCGUGGGGGGGGUGGAGGAAAAAAAAAAGAAGGGGGGCGCGCGCGGAGGGGAGAGGGGUGGUGGAUGGGGACACGGACGCGAGGGGGUGGGCACGGAGGGGCGGUGACACAAGGGGAUGGGCACGGACGCGGAGACGGGCAUGAGAGGGGUGGACAUGGAGGGAGGAGGAGGCUGGGGGGGUGGGCGCGAAGAUGGUGGACACGGGGGGACGCGGACGCGAAGGGGGCUGGCUACGCCCUGGCAGGGUGACACGGGACAACGGGACCCGCCUGUUCCUCUUCCCGCACCCCCGCCUGCGCCAGGCAGAGAGGCGGCCGGAGCGCAGGCGCCCGGCGGGGCCAUGGAGUGCCCUGUGACCCCCCUGCUGCUGCUGCUGCUGCUGCUGCUGCUGCGCCCCGCGGCCCCCGCGGCUCCCUGCGUGGCCGUGCCGCCGGCUGCCCCGGCCGAGCUGGAUUUGUCCAACAGCACCCAGCAAUGCGCCGAGCUGGACUGGGGCCCCUUCCAGCACCAAAAACGGCUGUGGCUCAGCCGAAACGGCAUCGCCGCCCUGAGCCCCUCAUCCCGCGUCGGGCCUGGGCUGGAGGAACUGGACUUGUCGUACAACCGGCUGCGGGAGCUCCCGGUCGCUUUUUUUGCCAACGCCACGGCUCUGCAGAGCCUGAGGUUGGAGGGGAACCCCCUGCCCGCCGUGCCCCCCACCGCCUUCCAGGCCAGCCUGCGGUUCCUGGCCGUGCCGUGCCGCUGCGACGUGGUGGGCGACGUCCUGGCACCCUGCUCCUGCUCCCGGCCCGAGUGCGCGGCGCGCCGGUGCCGCUGCCUCACGGACCACCGCGACGACUUCAACGUCACCGAUUUCCACGCCCGGGAAUGUCAGGGCAACGUGGGGCUGGUGGGCGGCUUGGCCGGAGCCGCCGGCGCGGUGGCCGUGGUGCUGGUGGUCGUGGCCGUGGUUUGUUACCGGCGGAGGAAAGCAGCCACCGCCGUUGCUGGCACGGGGUUGGGUAAGCGGGAAUCCACCAUGGGCCACGGGCAGCCCCGUUACAUCAGCCGGGCCACCGAGAUCGGCACCACUGAGAUCGGCACCGACGAUGCCACCGCUGCCGCACCAGACUACGAGAACAUCUUCGUGACGCCCCGCGCCGCUCCGGCCGCCGCACGGGGCUGGACGCCGGGGUGGCAGGAGGAGCGGUACAGCCCCCAGGUCCCAGUGGAUGACGAUUAUUUCCUGGAGAGCGAAGCCACCCCCAGGGACCAGCCCAUCUACGCCAACACGCAGAGCUCCAGUGAGGACAACGUCUACAUCAUCCCCAACCAGUGAGGGGCCGGGGGGUUGGGGGGGGGGGCUCCCACCAAUGCUUCUCCCCAGGGCUUUCCCUGGUGGCCCCCCCCCAGCCCAGAGGGGAUGGGGAUGGGCGCUCCCCAUGGAUGAAGGCUCUUCCCACAGCUGGGCCGAGCACACGCAUGGUCCCCACACAAGCAUCCUGCCAGGGACGCCUUUCUCAGGGAGGAGAGGGGGGGUUGUUAUUUUUAAUUCCCUUCCCCCCCCCCCCCCCCCCAGCCCCCCUCCUUCGCCCCAGUUCCCACCGCAGGGCGAGGGCUGAGCACUGGCACUUCCUCCCGGGGCCGGUGGCCACCGACCGCAGGGACGCUUCGGCGCAGCAUCCGCCGGCAGCCGGCACGCCAGAGCCUUCCCGGCUGGGGACACGUGUGGGGGCCUCCCUCCCCCCCUCCGGGCCCAUCUGGCAAAGCAGGGGGCUGAGGGGGGGGCGACCUCUUCCCCUUUCGGCUGCCAAUGGAGAGUGUCGGGGUGCACGUGCGCUCGGGGACACGCUGGCCGUUGGGGACAUCCAGGCACCGGGACCAACCCUGCUGUCACCUGAACCCCACUCCCCCUUUUCCUGCUAAAUCUGCCAGUUUGGGGAAUGGAGCAAAAGUCCCUUUUUUUUUUUUUUUUUUUUUUUUUUUUUUUUUUAAUGCUCCCUACAUGAUCCUUGAGCUGCCAGGCUGUGCGCCCCAAGCGGGCUGGCAACCUGGGGACAUGGGGUCCCCAUGGCUUGUCUGGGUGUCACCCCUGGCUUUGUGAUGCUCCACUAUGCCCCAUUAAAUGGCUUAAUUAUCUUAAA